GUCACUUAAUGUGUGAUAACUCGUGAAACUAUGCAAAACAUGUAUUUGAAUGCCAUAAUGAGUUUGUUCUCCAUCUCCAGUACUGUUAGUGUAUUGACUGGAUUCCAGACACCGCCGCCUAAGUUGACCCUAUUAUCCCCGGCCAUGAAUGGCGACACCAUUGAUAUUAUGGCAAAUACUAGUCUUCAUCUGAAGUGUACGGGCGAUAAGCCCAUGUUCUGGCAGUUUCCCAAUAAUAAUCCGUUUUGA